CUAGCCGUUAGUUUGCGAUCAGAUUUCAUCCGUGACGAUACGGUUCCGCGUUCAACCGAAUAUUGGAAAGUGGAAUUGUCCAGUACGCACAAACCAGCAAUUGCGUCUUGUGAGAAUGACUAUCAUAAUUUUAUAAUAUAUCAAAGUGUUAUGCAACAAUCACUGGUAUACAGAAAUACAAUCAUCUACUCACCCAAGUGAUAAAAAAUAACGAUUGGGUAAACAAUUAUUUAACAACCUUUUAGGAUAAUUACUUCAUUUAAAAAAGUCGAAAACCAGGCCAAAUAAAUUGUGCAACGAAAUAGCUCUGCUAUCGUAUCGAUCGAUGCAAACUGUGGUGGAAAACAGGAUUUGGUUUGCAAAAUAAGUAGGGUGUGAUUCGUGAAAAAAAAUCGAAAUAAGAAAUGUGCCAACGAUGAGAAAGAUCCGUGAAGUGAUCUGCCAAAACGAUCCAUCGAUCGGCCGCAGAGUUAGUGGUUUUCGGAGGACCAGUUAUUUAACGACCUCGCAGCCAUCAACGGCAAUCGUGCUGCUGUGCACGACUGUUCUGCUGAUCAAUCAAUGUGGCGCUAACCGCGAGGAUCAUGUGUGCAUUCGAUACGACAGCUACAUCGAGCUCGAGAUGGUCCCCCGCAACCAGACCGUGCAGGUACUCACCAGGGAAUGGUGCCUGGAGAUUCCGCCCCGUUGCACCUCCUACAGGCCGGAGAUCAAGGAAGUCUACGUGAAACAGAAUGUCACAAAAACUCGCAAAAUCGAGCAUUGCUGCGAAGGCUACGAGCAAAUCACCAACGAGCAUGACAUUCCCUAUUCGAGUAAUUCUUCUGUCCACACGGCAACGCUUUCCUGUCGUCCUAUUUGUCGCGGUGGCUGCGGACGCGGCCAUUGCCAGCUACCCAAUACUUGUAGCUGCGAGGCUGGUCAUACCGGAAAACACUGUAGCCAAAGUAAGGUCCAAUUGAGGUCGGAAGGAUGUCGGAACGGAACCUGGGGCGAGAAUUGCAAAUAUCGAUGCCAUUGUCAGAAUUAUUCGCUUUGCGAUGGCAAAACGGGUCGCUGUCGGUGUACCGAUGGCUGGAUCGGGAAUCAUUGUGAAACGCCUUGUCCGAGAGGCUAUUAUGGUACCAUGUGCAAAAAUAAAUGCGAAUGCAACACAAAAAUCUGUGAUCGAGAAAGCGGAAAAUGCUUAGCUGAGGAUGGAGUUGUGAUGUUUGAAAACAUCACUAGAGUAAUGGAAAAGGAUUUCUCUGGUGAAAGCACUGAACGGAUUACUUUGGAUCAAUGGGUUAAAAUUGACGACCCGGCGAGUACGACUCAGCAAAUCACAACAUCAGUAGAAUCUAUCAAUACCUCAUAUGCUCAAUCAUUCCAAGAAUAUUUACCAAUGAAUACAAACAUCACGCUAAUUCCGAUUGAAAACAUAACAACUACAACGGAAGAAUUGAAUAAUGAAACUGCCUACGAGCCUGAGCCAUCAACGACUAAAGUAGAAAUCACUUUCAUUGCUGGUUCAACCACCGAGAAUCCAAAUCCCAGAAAAGAAACGGAUUUGAUUUUUGUCGAAACCGAAGGGAAGUCAGAUUUGGUAGAGUUCGUCGAGGACAACGAAGACGAUUCUUCCAACGAAAUAGGAACCGAUGAAGAAGUGAAUCACACUCAAGCCGUGGUUACCAUUUCUUGCCUGCUGUUGGCGUUGGCGUUGCUUCUGUCGGUGGUGGCCUACAUGAAGAAAACCAAUCGGCGAACAAUGAUUAAACACCAAGAGAUGAUGCAGCAUCGACAGAUGUCCUUGAAUAGCGAACGAGGACCCGAUAGUCCUCGUAUCUUGGAACCACUGCCGGAUAUUCCAAAGGUUACCUACACAAAAGUUAAAGGAAAAAACCAACGCAGCGGAAAUUCACAACUAGAACACUAUGACGUCCCAGCCAACAACUCAUCGAUACACAAGUCCUCUCCAUACAACUACAAUUUCACACUGAGUAAACCGCCUCCGGGGCACCAACCAGCUAGGAAGUACAGCCUGGAGCACAUUUACGACGAGAUUCAGUACCCUCCGAUGGCGGAGCUGAACGGAUCCACGGCUGUGACGGGCGGAGUCGGGAGUUGUGACGGAGAUCACUUUUCCAAAUCGAUUCUAACCGACGAUAAGAUGAUUCCGGUCAAGGUUAUAGAUGAGAUCAAAGGAAAGCAAUAAUAAAACUAAAACUGUUAAAUAAA